AGUCGAAUCGCGCCGCUGGCGGACGUCGGACGCUAGCGGUCACUACUUCGCGAGUGUGAAAACAGUUUUCGUUCGUUUACAUACAUGAAGUGAAACUUUCAAUUUGGUAUCCGUGCGAUGUGACUACACCUCUUUAAUAGCUUGUUGUGAUUAACAUUUAUGGAUGUGACAGUUUGAUUUGUUACAAAAUUUCAGUGAGCUUUAUGUUUGUGGAUUGCGUUCUCUCGGUGUGAUGCGUGCACAGUAAGAUGGCGUGGGGGGGGAUACUUCUCCUCUUCCUGGUGGUCGCGGCCGCGGACGGCAAGCACGAUGCAUCUAAUGCCACGGAAGAACAUAGUACUGCUGUUCCAACACCACCUAUACCUCUGCGUCCAGAAUACGCACAUCCAGCAGGUGUAGAAGCUCUAGAUCCUUACAAUUCAGAGAAGAAUCGCCCACCGCCACACCACAGAGAUUAUUUAGAAGAAGAUUAUGAUCACGAACCACACAAAGAGGAUGAUCACGAAAAUAGAGAUGAGACAGACGAACUGCCGUCUUUGUCUGGAGAUCAUCUUCUGCAAAGUUCUACAGAUGAUCUCCCAAUGUUCUUGCUGGAGCCUCAAAACGGAUUUGUUGUUCGAAAUAAACCUACCACGUUGAGAUGUCGUGCUGCAAAUGCUUUGCAAGUGUAUUUUAAGUGCAAUGAUAUGAAGUCGGAAGCCAGUACGCAGUUCGAGUUUGUUGACCCACAAAGUGGAGUUAGGAUUGUUGAAGCAGAAUAUAAUGUUACUAGGGAUCAAUUGGAGGACUAUUUCGGUGAUAGAUUUACGUGUACGUGUUUCGCUUGGAGUAGCAGAGGGAACAUUAAGAGUCAGCCAGCCGUGCUUGAAUUGGCAUACCUAAAGAAGCAGUUCCUCGCAUCACCAUCACCGAACUCAGUUGAAGUCGGUUCUGCUGCGUCCCUCCGCUGUUCCCCUCCUGCGGCUGCCCCACCCCCGCGGAUAUCCUGGCUCAAGCACGGUACUCCGCUGCAGCAAGACCACAACGUCUUGAUAUCUGCUGAAGGGAACUUGCUUAUAUCGCGAGCUACUUUACAAGACAUGGCAAACUAUAGUUGCGUAGCAGAAAACAUCGCGGGCAAGAGAGUCUCAGAACCGGCGCUCCUCACUGUUUAUGUAAAUGGCGGUUGGAGCUCAUGGAGUGCGUGGACGCAGUGCCGCUGCAACGGGCGCGCGACUGAAGGCCAGAGGCGGACUAGGACAUGCACAGAGCCGUAUCCACUGAACGGUGGCGCCCAGUGUCAGGGCCCGUCCGUGCAGAGGACGGCUAACUGCUUGCCCUGUCAGAACGCGUUGCCUGGUCGAUGGGGCGCGUGGUCGGAAUGGUCGGUCUGCGGGGCCGACUGCCGCCAAAGUAGGAGACGUACCUGCAUCGGAGACACUCACUGUCCCAAUGGCCUGCCCGUGCAGUACACUGACUGUAUAGGAGACUACUGUGGUGUACAUGGAGUAGCAGCAUAUAGCGACGUUCCUCUGUACAUCGGAAUCGCUGUGGCCGUCGUGGUGUUCCUCGCGGGAGCUGCAGUCGUCUACAAGCUGCUACAGAGGAAGACCAGGGACCAUUCUUUGUACACCAUGACUAGGACUGAUUUCCAACCGGAGAUGUACCCAACAGUGGAGAAACAGUCUCUCUCGCUCGCUCCUGAUCUAAUGCAACAUCGACCUCCGAGAUAUGAGCAUCCUCAGUCUGAUACGAGAGCUGAACAUCAUUAUGACGUUCCACAUCUCACCAAUAGUUACGCAUCACCAGUAGACCACCAGAUCACGCCAUGUGCCUCCAGCAAGGGACAAAGCGACGACUACGACAGCAAACCUUACAGCGAAUCCGAGCAUUCUGUGUCCAGCUGCUUCACCAGUUCCGGCUCCAUGUACGACGCAGCGAACGAAUCCGUGACCCUACAAUUAGCAGAGCUUGUCUCCAACUCUCCAACGUCUCAGUCGUUAUCUGUAGCGUCAGGAGGAGCUAGACUGACCUUGCCUGCUGCUGGGGUAGCUCUGUCAGUCCCUGAAGCAGCCUUGAGCAGAGGACGAAGGGAGCAAAUGUAUCUGGCGGUGGUGAAAGACGACAGAUAUAGACCAAGGCUGGGAAAAGGUAUCACGCAACUGAGCCCAGUAGUUAAAUGCGGCCCUCCGCGUCUCCAAUUAAAUAAAUCCGUCAUACUACAGAUACCACAUUGCGCCAGCCUCAAGCACGGCUUCUGGAACCUCUCCCUCUACGCCAUCGAUCACAACAAUGCUAAAUCUGAUAACACCCAACCGCAGUGGAGAAAGGUCGUCGGGCUCGGCCAAGAAACAAUCAAUACCCCCGUGUUCACACAACUUGACAACGAUAAAAUAUAUUUAGUUACUGACAUGUUAUCAACCUUCGUAUUGGUAGGUGAGAGCUUCAACGGGAAAGCGGUCAAAGGCCUCCAAUUAGCCAUAUACGCGCCGGCGUCAAUAAACGAAACAGCCACAGAAUACAAUAUCAGGCUUUAUGUCUUUGAAGACACGCCCUGCGCACCUUAUUACUGCCAGGAACAAGAGAAAAAACUGGGCGGAGUCCUCCUUGAGCGCACCAAAACUUUAUUAUUCCAAGAUGGCGGCUCCAAUUUAUGUUUGAACUUGGAACACGUCAGUCCCGGCUGGAAAGCCAAACCGGGCAUAGGUUACCAGGAGAUCCCAUUCAAUCAUGUAUGGAGCUCGAAUUACAACGCGCUCCAUUGCAGCUUCGUACUCGAGAGGACCCACGACUGCGACAAUAUUGACUUUAGCAUCUCAGCGUGUCAGAGGACCAAUCCAUCCUACAAACAGACAUUCCGAAUAUCCCUCGAGGAUAUGCGAAGUCGGUCGCCUCGCGGCCGUUCACCCCGCGCGGAUUCCCAGCGUAGUUUCAAUAUAACCGAGAAUCUUUUGGAGGCUCGCAUGUGCAGGAGCGAGGAGGGAAGCGACAGCGGCAAGCGGAACGUGACGGUAAGCGAGGCGGGAGUCAAUGAGUGUGCAGGCGAAGGCCCAUUUAAAUUAAGUGCACGAAUAAAACGACAGCUAUGCGCUAUAUUGGACCCGCCGAACGCCCGCGGGAAUGACUGGCGCGCGCUGGCGGCUCGACUCGGCGUGGAUCGGUACACGACAUGGUUCGCGACCAAAAGUUCGCCAACAGAGGCUAUAUUGGAGCUGUGGGAAUGCAGGGACCGAGGCCCGGGCGCCACGGCGGGACUGGCCGCCGCGCUGCGCCAGAUGGACCGCCACGACGCCGCUGACUUACUCCAAGGGCGGCCAUCUUGGUUAUGAAUCAUAGACAAGUCAGAUCUUGAUUUUAAUUAACGAUUCUCUCGUCGAAUGUACUCGCUCUAUUGAGAAUCGGGACAUGUGAAAGCAUAGACCUUUAUAUGGACAGUUUGUUGGUAUUCUAAUAAGUAGUUUAAAUGUUAUGUUAGAGAAAGUAUAAAUGUAGGCCUAAUGGUCUAAGUUUGUAAAAUUGUCGUAGUAUAUUUUGUAUAGAAUAUAUAUGCUGUAGAUAAGCGAUGGGAAAUAAAUUAUAUUAUAGUAGCAAUAAUAGUGCCUAUGACGUCUUGAAAAGAAUCACUGCCAACCGUUAGUUGGCUACGGUUGAAUAUUUUGUUAAUUUUUAUAUGUGUUUGUGUGUUCACAAUAUUAUGGAAAAUUUAUCGCUUGGUUUCUUAUCUUAAUAUUUGCCUGUUUAUUUCGAUGCUUUUUAUGUAUUAACUGUGUGCCAAAUCUUUCAUGCCACUUCGAUUUUUGGCAAUAAUCUUUGGGAAUGUUAUACUUUAUAGUUUAUAUAGUAUUACUCAACGAAGUAUGAUAUUUAAAUCUAAAAUAAAUCUAAAGAAAUUGCAGUGCCUAAAUCAAUUUAAAAAAAAAAA